UCCUCCCUCGUCUCUCUGAUCUCUCCAUUCCAGAGACUAGCUCUCUCCAAUGGAAAGAGAAGCUGGUCUCUCUUGGAGGAGUUGGGUGAGGAGACGCAGAAUCGGAGAGGGCUCCUUUGGGGCUGUGAGCCUGGCCAUGGACAGAUCCAACGGUCAAGUUUUCGCGGUAAAAUCUGUUAAUUUGAAUUCCUCCCCUCUUUCUUCCGCCAAGGCUUUGGAGAACGAGAUCCAAAUCCUCCAGUCCAUCAGCUCGCCUUACAUCGUCUCCUACCUCGGCGACGAUACCACCCAAGAAUCUCCUACCAACGUGUGGCGGAACCUACACCUGGAGUACAUGCCCGGCGGGACCGUCGCAGACUUGGCAGCCAGGAAUGGACCCAUCGCAGAGCCGCAAGUGCGGAACUACACCAGAUGCAUAGCCCGUGCACUGCACCACCUCCACUCCGUCGCCGGCCUCGUGCACUGCGACGUCAAGGGCCGGAAUGUGCUCGUAGGCCUAAGCCCGGGCGUCGCCAAGCUCGCCGAUUUCGGAUCAGCGACGAGGAUUCCUCAUGGCUGCAGCAUGGAUGCCAACAAGCAAUACGCGCAGGGAACUCCACUAUGGAUGGCGCCCGAGGUCGCCAGAGGCGAGCGGCCAACGCCGGCAUCCGACAUAUGGUCCCUCGGGUGCACCGUCAUCGAAAUGCUCACCGGAGCGCAACCAUGGCGGAGUUCCGGCCCCGACGCUCUGUUCCGGAUUGGUUUCGGUGACGAGGUGCCUGAAAUCCCGGACUGGUUAUCGAAGGCCGGUCGGGAUUUCCUCGACAAGUGUUUGAGAAGGGAUUCGACCGAGCGGUGGACCGGUGAGCAAUUGCUGCAGCAUCC